UGAAUAAAGUAAAGAAAUAUAAAGUACAGAAAUAAUAAUAUAAAUAUGUGUUUCUUUCUCUUUUAUAAAGUCAGUGCUACUUUACUAAUAUUUAUGUGUUGGCAUUAUUUAAUAUGUGAUUUAACCACACAAACAACCCAUUUGUUAGGCUGAACUGUAAUAUGAGCUAAAACAGCAAAAAGGUGUAAGGGUGUAGAGAUAAUAAGAAGAUAUUUAAUGUUUACAAUGGUAACUUUAACAGAAGAGAAAAUAAAUAUAGCACUUACAGCAGAGCAUAUUGUGCACACAUUUCACAAAAAAAACUUGGACAAUAGUUAAUCAAAGACCACUGGGUAAGAGCAUCCUCUCUCUGACGUACAGUAAGCUGACGUACUGUCAGAGGAAAGCUUCAAUCUGAAAAUCUAUAUUAACCUGUGAAAACACAGUAUGCCCACAUGAGGACAGUUGAGGGAUGGAGAUGUCAGCUCUCUUUAUUGGUCUGAUCCUGUCGCUGGGUUUGUGUGAGCUGAACUCAGCUGUUGCCUUGAAUGGUUCUGGGGAUGGUGUGAAACAAAGGGCUCGGCUUACAGAGGAGAGGACUGGUGUUGGGCUCAGCACUGAGGCUUCAUCGGUUAAAUGCAAGCUCCAGGGUACCACUCGUCUGCCUGCAUUCUCAAUGGAUGGUGACUACGUUAUUGGUGGUGUUUUGCCCAUACACUACUAUGCGCACACAGUGAAGCAUAACUACACCACCAUGCCUGAUCCAAUAAGAUGCUCAGGGAGCAUUAGCUCCCGUGAACUGCGCUUUUCACGCACAGUGAUCUUCGCCAUCGAGGAGAUUAAUAACAGCACGGAGCUGCUGCCGGGCAUCAAACUCGGUUAUCAGAUCUACGACUCGUGCGCCUCUGUGCCUGUGGCGGUGCAUGUGGCAUUCCAGCUAUCAAGUGGUCUGGACCCAGUGUUUUACACAGGUGACAAUUGCUCACAAUCUGGUACGGUGAUGGCCAUUGUUGGUGAGUCUGGGUCCACGCCAUCCAUCAGCAUGUCGCGCAUCAUCGGGCCCUUUAACAUUCCUCAAGUGAGCCACUUUGCAACUUGUGCAUGCCUGUCCGAUAAGCAGCAGUACCCGAGUUUCUUCAGAACAAUCCCGAGUGACCAGUUCCAGGCUGACGCGCUGGCCAAACUGGUAAAACACUUUGGUUGGACUUGGAUAGGUGCCAUCCGAUCGGAUUCGGAUUAUGGAAACAAUGGCAUGGCGUCUUUCCUGGACGCAGCACACAAAGAGGGGAUCUGUGUGGAAUACUCCGAAUCUUUCUAUCGGACCCACCCACGUAGCAGGAUCCAGAGAGUAGCUGACAUUAUCCGCAGGUCGACAGCUGUGGUUGUUGUGGCAUUUACAUCCUCUGGAGACUUGAGGAUUCUGCUGGAGGAGCUGUCACUCAAGCCCUCUCCACCUCGCCAGUGGAUAGGCAGUGAGUCCUGGGUAACUGACCCAGACAUGCUGAAGUUCAGCUUCUGUGCUGGAGCAAUCGGAUUUGGCAUUGAGAAAUCUGUCAUCCCUGGUCUGAGAGACUUCCUGCUGGACCUCUCUCCCUCUAAAGUGGCAGCCUCUCCAGUGCUUACUGAGUUCUGGGAGGAUGAAUUCAACUGCAGGCUGGGACAAA